AUGGGAAAUCAACACCAAAUGGGUUGUCAAGAUGUUAUUAUUCUAAUAACUGAUGGAGCGCCAGGAUUUUUUAAAGAAAUAUUUGAGCUUUAUAACAAGGAUAAAAGGAUUCGUUUCUUCUCUUUUGUAGUUGGUGAAGAAGCAAAAGAUUUUGAACAAGUUAGGUGGAUGGCUUGCUCAAAUCGGGGGUUUAUGGCUCAUAUUGUUUCUAUGGCAGAUGUUCAAGAGAAAGUCCAACAAUAUGUUCGCGUUUUGUCAAAAACUGUAGCUCGUCAAAGAGCUGCGUUUAGUGAAAAUACACCCCUUUGGAGUGGGGCUACAAGGGAAAGAAUGAGUGAACAAUUAGCAGUUUCUGUAUCUUUCCCAGUUAUUUUACCUAAUGGACAAUUUAUGGGUGUGUCUUCGGUUUCUGUACCUUUAUUAGAAUUAACUCAAUUGGCACAUCCUAUUCGUAUUGGUGGAAAAAGUCAUUUUAUUUUGUUGGAUUCAAAUGGUUAUUUACUUUUUCAUCCACAAUUGAGACCUUUGGAAUCCGCUACUGGUGAACUUAAAUCUGGAUUUAACAGCGUAGAAUUUGCUGAUGCUGAAAUACAAAAACCUUUUUCGGCUAAUCGUGUCUCUAUUGAUUGUUCUACUGGAGCUGUUGAGCCUAGAAAACUUGAAACUAUUUUUGCUUUUGAUGAAAUGGUAUUUUUUACUUACGUUUAUAAAUUAAUGAUAGGCCUUUGUGUCUAUGUGAGACUAUCCUUGAAAGUCAGCAAAGUAAUCUGGAGGGUAGGGUUACUCAAAACCCCAGACUUUCUUCUAUCCGAAACCCGACCCGAAGAACGUUUUGAGAACCCCUACUGA